CAACGGCAGCAGCAGCCACAAAUGUCCUGUUUGUGUUCGUUGCUGUUGGACGCGUCCCGUUCAGACUGAAUUAGGAAGUUGAGGAAGUUUUUCCAGUUUAUUUCUGCAUGAAUACAGCUGGACAAUUAAACGGCGACUUUGUCUUACUACAAGUUCAAGAAGAUCGCUGGUAUUCAGGAGGAAACCACAGGAACAGAACAAAAGGACAAUAUUCCACAAUGGGGGUCUUGUGACUCUUACGUUCAGCAGUAGUUCCUCAUUAAGUUCCAGCAGACCUCAGGAAAGGCUGGGGUGGUUUGAACUGUACCCUGGUGCAACAGGGAUGAUUGCAUCCCAUACAAAUGGUUUUGUGCAAGAAGCCUCCGCUCUGGCCGUGAACCACAGGGAGCGGGCUGUGGACUGUCCGGGGCAGGAAGGUAGCCUCAACAAAUCUCCACACUGCAGCUCCCACAUGGAGAGGAUCCAGCAUUACCAGGAGGAGCUGAGGAAGCGGAGGGAGGAGGAUGGCAAGGGGAGGCAUGACAUCGACCCCAACGCUUCGCUGAGGCUCAAGAAGCUGUCACAGAACCCAAAGAUCGGCAUUGACAAUCCCACCUUCGAGGGGAAGGAAAAGGCUACCAAUAAAGUGACCUCUCUAGAUCCUGUGGUGGAACUGGAUGAACUACUACAGGUUCUGAAGUGGGUCCAGCACAGCUUGAGUGACUCUCAGAGCCAGCAGGAUGUGGAAGUGAUAAUGCUACUCCUUGCUAAGGAGGAAUUCAGGAAUGCCUACACAAUCUACAGCGUUCUGUCCCAGCAGACAAGCAGGAUCAGUCCCACCUCACCUCUGACAGUACAAGCACAGGAUCUCUGCCAGGAGGUCCAAAGGAUCCUCCAGACAAGUCAACAAAAGGAAGGAUUGGAGCUCAGCGCGCUGCUCACCAAUCCCCAUCUCCAGGGACUGAUGCAAGCUCAUGACAGCGUAGCGGUGCAGGAAAUCGCAGAGGAAAGCGUGACCCAGUACCUCGGAGAGACAGUUAAAUUAGUGCGGCUGCAGAAGGCCAGAGACACUCCACUGGGUGCAACAGUGCGUAAUGACAUGGACAACGUGGUGGUGAGUCGUGUGGUGAAAGGCGGCGCAGCAGAACGGAGCGGACUCCUCAGUGAGGGAGACGAGAUCCUGGAGAUCAACGGUAUUCCUAUUCGUGGAAAACACAUCAACGAAGUGCACGACUUACUGCAAGAAAUGCAGGGAACUCUGACCUUCCUCCUCAUCCCAAGCUCUCACAAUAAACCUGCUCCCCACAGACAAACUGUGACGCAUGUGCGCGCUUACUAUGACUACGAUCCUUCUGAUGACCCCUUCAUGCCGUGUCGGGAGCUGGGUCUGUCCUUCCAGAAAGGAGAUAUACUCCAUGUCAUUAGCCAGGACGACCCCAACUGGUGGCAGGCCUACAGGGAUGGAGACGAGGACAACCAACCUCUUGCUGGCCUCAUUCCUGGUAAAAGUUUCCAGCAACAGAGAGAGAGUUUAAAGAAAACAACACCAGACAAAAGUCGAGAGCAGCAAGGGAAGAUUUGGUGUUCAAAGAAAAGCAAGAAACUGAGAAGAAGGAACACAUCAACCUUGAACAGAAACACUGACUACAAUGAUGUCCUGACCUAUGAGGAAAUGUCCCUGUACCACCAGCCCACUAAUCGGAAACGUCCCGUAGCUCUGGUCGGCCCGGCCAACAGCGGCCACGACGAGCUGCGGCGGAGACUUUUAUCCGUCGAGCCAGACAAGUUUGCCGUUGCUAUUCCACACACAACCAGAAGCCCAAGGAUACAUGAGCGAAAUGGACGCGAGUACCACUUUGUCAGCCGCUCGUCCUUCGAGGCUGACUUGGCUGCAGGGAAGUUCAUCGAGUCGGGAGAGUAUGAGAAGAACCUGUACGGCACCAGCACCGACUCUGUCCGACACGUCGUCAACUCCGGACGCAUCUGUUUGCUCUGCCUUCACACAAGGUCUUUGCAAGUACUGAGGUCGUCCAACCUCAAGCCAUAUGUCAUCUUCAUUGCUCCUCCUUCUCAAGAACGACUACGCACCCUGCUGGCCACUGAGGGUAAAACACUAAAGCCGGAGGAGCUGAAGGAGGUCACUGAAAAAGCCCGCGAGAUGGAGCUGAAUUACAGCCACUUCUUCGACGCGACCGUCGUUAACUUUGAUCCAGACCAGGCGUUCCAGGAGCUCCGGAGAUUAGUAGAUAAACUGGACACUGAGCCGCAGUGGGUGCCGUCGUCUUGGCUCUGCUAGAGGUGGCCAAGUCCAGACACAAAGCGUCUCAGUGAACGAGAAGGUAAAGAGGAGACGGACAGUAUUACAGUGACACUGAAUUUUCACUUGCACAUUUUUUGUUUCCUUUUUUGGAGCUUAAUUGCUACAGGAUGCUGCAGAGACAGACACUGUUGUAUUUGAUGUUUGUCUUUUGUAGAUUGUUUUCUUCUAUUUUUGUGAUGGCUGUUCAAGGUCUUAGUUUUAUGCAAAACCUUUUGUUUUCUAGAUAGACUCGUUUCUAUGCUAUUUCUUUGACUUAUUUAUAAUUGUAAAUAUAUAUUGUUUAGACAGAGAGGUGAAAGAUUUUAUCGUUACGCCAGAAAUUGCGCAUUUGACACGUUUUUAAAGGCAUUCUGGUGAAACAUGGAGCCAAAACAUAAUCAGGCAAAGAACUGAGUAGAAAUAGAUUCAUUAGAUGUAGUGGGAAGUCUCCCGUCUGCUGUUGAUGUCUCAGUGUCCCGUACACCUUACAAAGGUACUUAUACUUAUCAAACUUUUUACCAUUUUGUCACAUUAAAUGUCAAAUAACUUCCUUGGAUUUCAUGAGACAGAUAAAUACAAAUUAGAAAAUAACCAUGAAGUAGAUGAAAAGGGUUAUUUAUCAUUUACCAAAAAAAGAAAUCAAAUCAAUAGGAGAUUCUCUGGGUAUAUAAAUUUUAAAGUCUUGCCUCAGAUUCUGAGAUGUAUUUAGGUCUGAUCCGUUAAAGUAAGGCUGCAAGUAGCAAUUAUUUUAGAAAUUGAUUAUUCUAUCAAUUAUGCUGAUGAUUAAUCUAAUUUUAAAAAAUGGCAUAUUCUGCAGAUUUUUCAUGUAACCACUUAAACCUUUUUAUACAAUAUUAGAAAUU